GACCUGGCACUGUCACGUCUAUAUCAAGAGUUCCAGAAAAUACUUCUGAAUCUGUUCUGGCAUUACAGUGGAAAAAUCCAAUUGGAGAUUUUGAUCUGUUCAAUAUAUCUGCCUUUUGUAAAAGUCCCAACAAAGACUCCAACAGAAGUCAAAAUAUUUCUGCUGAAACCAACAUAGCCACGGCAAAUUUAGAACCUCUUGAUCCAGGAACAACAUGUAAUGUUUCGAUAACCGUCGCUAUCUUUAAUGUUGAUGAAGACAAUAAAGUUCUUGAGGGCGAUACAGUACAGAAAAAAAACAUACGCACAAACGAAACAGCGCCUCAAGGAGUCAUCUUUGAUGACAAAACAGCGGUUGACGCCAGGUCAUUGUAUGUUCAAUGGAAAAAGCCAGACAAUCCGAACGGCAUCGUUCGAAAUUAUAGAAUAAUGAUUAUAGAUAUGUUUCGUCAUUGCUCUAAAGAAAACACAUCCGUUGAAAAAGAAUCAAUACCUGAUUCAUACACUUGUACGGAUGUCGAAUCAUUAACAUACGAACCUUGCACAACUGACGAACUAAUUAUACCUAGUACAUUUGGUGCAGAGCCUUUAUCCGCUAAUGUGUCUGGACUUCAUCCUUAUAGAAACUAUAGUGUCAACAUCCAAGCGUAUACUAAGUGUUGGGGUGAGACUAAGGAACUGAUCGACCAAACAGAAGAAGCAGCCCCACGCUUAGGCCCUAAACUUAACGUGUCAGAAAUAGGUGCAAAUAGCAUAAAUGUUUCAUGGAAACACCUGGAUUUUGAAGAUAGAAAUGGACGUAUUACGGGAUACAAAAUUCACUACGGAUAUAACGACAAGAAGUGCUCUGAUACACAAGACGAAACAUAUGUUUGGACAGACACGGCUGAUAUCAGUCCAGAUCUUACAUCUUACAUUGUUGAUGAUCUUCAACCUUUCUGGUUAUAUGAAUUUUCGAUGAGUGCCUCGACAUCUGCUGGAGAAGGUCCAAAUAGCACUUGCAGUGGGGGCACAUGUCAUGCAAGAACGUCAGAAUCUAUUCCAGGUGAUAUUGAUUCAGAAACUGUACAUUUUACCAAGAAUGAAACGAAUUCAGUGGCACUGACGUGGAGAAAACCUUGCAGACCAAAUGGAAUUAUUACAGGCUAUAGUUACAAAAUUUCUAAUCUGAAUACACUUGAAGUAUGGGAUGUGAACAUAACAGGAAACGUUACGAAGCAUACAAUAACUGGCCUUCUACCAUACAGGAAUUAUAGUGUACAGCUUGCAGGCAUUACAAAAAUUGGAAAAGGAAACUUUACAGUCAGGCUAAAUGUUGCAACAAAAAUAGCAGAGCCUGUAAAACCUAACAAACCUAACCCGACAGCAGGAAGUUCCUCUUCAUUGAAUGUAACUUGGUCGCCACAUCCGCAAUCUGAAUAUACUGGUCCAACAAGCUACACAGUACAAGCAACUGAUCAGGAUAAUACUUCUUUCAAACGCUCUUGUGAAACACAGGGCUUUAAUUCGACUUCAUGUGUUAUUACGGGUCUUCAUCCGUACUGGAAUUACAACGUUAUAGUGACUGCAAGAACGGAAGUUGGUAGCAGCAGAGCAUCUGAUACACAAAACGGGACGACCUUGCAAGAUACCCCUGGACCGGUAUCUUCUGUUUUGCUAAGCGCAGAAAAUGACAUACAAAAAGAGAGAUCAAUAAAUGUAACUUGGGAACCUCCGUCUAAAAGGAAUUUAAAUGGUGUUUUAACAAAGUACCAUAUAAUUUGUACAAACAUUAACGUAAGUAUUUCAUUUUGUUUUUAUGUCUGCAAUGGCAGUGGCUAUCACAGCAUUUUAUAA